AUGACUGUCCUCAUCGCAUCGCUGUUCUUGCCAUACACUGUCAAUUUCCAUGUCGCCAACUCGCGCAAGCUUCGCCCGUCGAUAAAUCCAUCGGCGGCGGCUACCGCUCCUCCUACGACCACCAAACUUCCCGCCGAACCCGUCACGUCACAUCCCACUGCAGCUGCUAGUUUGUUUGAGAAGAACAAUCCAUCCGCACCGCCAGGUCUUACACCCGGUGCAACCACCGAUCAUGAGCGCAUCUUCACUGCGAGCCUGAACCAGGCGGAGAAGGAGGGCUCGGGAUAUCCAUUUCCCUCAGAGAUAACCGAGGGAACCCCACCGCUCACGGAAAGCGAGGGCCAUUCGCCCGCAUGGGGUGCGACUACUUCACUUACCCAGCCAAAGCCACAGACAAUUGUGUCUCCAUCUCCCUCCAUCUUGAAGCACCAGGACCCAAUCGCCCCGCUGAAAGAGCCUGUGUCACACAGAGCGCCCGGGACUGAGCCUGCACCAUACCUGGCCUUGAAAAAUGCCGACAACCGUAGUCGCAAAGAAUCAUUCUCCAAAGUGGAAUGGACCGUGGAAACUGCGGAGCAAGGCAAUGGUGGUCUGCGCAAUGCGGUCCGCUCGGCAACGGACAAUGGAUACAUAAAGGAUAUGAUGUGGGUGGGCACGUUGGGAAUGCCGACAGACGCACUAUCACCAUACACGAAGUCUGCCAUUGCAGAGAAGCUGCAGAGGCAGUAUGGGUCGGUGACGGUGUUUGUCAAUGACGGUGACUUUGAUGGCCACUACACCCAUUUCUGCAAGACCAUCCUCUGGCCGGUCUUCCACUACCAGAUUCCAGACAACCCAAAGAGCAAGGCGUACGAGGAUCAUUCGUGGAUCUACUACGUCAAGCUUAACCAGGCAUUUGCAGAUCGCAUUGCCAAACAGUGGAAGCGAGGCGACUCCAUCUGGGUGCAGGAUUAUCAUCUCUUGUUAGUCCCAGCCAUGCUCCGGAAGAUGCUGCCCGAUGCCCAGAUCGGCUUCUUCUUGCAUAUUGCCUUUCCGUCAUCCGAAGUCUUCAAGUGUCUGGCUCCACGCAAAGAACUCCUGGAGGGCAUGCUGGGAGCCAACCUACUCGGCUUUCAGACUGACGAGUACUGCCGCCACUUCCUGCAAACAUGCAGUCGCAUCCUGUGUGUGGAAGCUACCAACGAAGGGAUUCAGAUGGAGGACCGAUUUAUCAAUGUUGGCACGUUUCCAAUUGGCAUCGAUCCAACUUCCUGGGACAAGCGCCGCCAGGCUGCAGACGUGGAGCGCUGGGUCGCGACAAUCUCCAAACGAUACCACGGGAAGAGGCUGAUUGUCUCUCGUGACAAGAUCGACUCGGUCCGGGGUAUCCGCCAGAAGCUUCUGAGCUAUGAAUUGUUUCUCAACACCUACCCGGAAUGGGCAGAUAAAGUUGUUCUCAUCCAGGUCGCAACCAGCACCACAGAACAGCCUGAGCUGGAAGCGACCGUCUCCGACAUUGCCAUGCGGAUUAAUUCCACUCAUUCCACUCUCGCCCAUCAGCCCUUGGUUUUUCUCAAGCAAGAUCUUGCCUUUCCGCAGUAUCUCGCGCUCAUCACCGUGGCGGACGCCCUCAUGAUCACCAGUCUCCGCGAGGGAAUGAAUUUGACCAGUCAUGAGUUUGUUUACUGCCAAGAUGGCCGCUACGGUGACAAAGCAUACGGAUCCUUGAUCCUCAGUGAGUUCACGGGAAGCGCGUCGGUCUUUGGAAAUGCCGCGCUUCUGGUCAACCCAUGGGACUACCGACAGUGCUCAGCGGCUAUCCAUACCGCGCUGACCCGGGACCAGAAGAAACGCAAAGAGGUGUGGGACAAGCUGCAUAGUGCCGUCCUGCAGAACUCGACCGCCAACUGGGUCAAGUCGUUUAGUGAGACCCUGAGUCGGGUGUGGAACGAACAGUCGUCGCGCGAGAUCAUGGCCGUUCCACGGCUGUCCGUUCCCCGGCUUGAGGAGCGGUACCGGCGUUCCAGAUGUCGACUUAUGAUCGUCGACUACGAAGACACGCUCGCAUCGUGGGGAUCACCGCGCAGCAUCAUUCUCACCACGCCUCAGCGGGCGAUCACCACUCUGACCGAGCUGACCGACGACCCUGCGAAUAUAGUUUAUGUGAUGAGCGCACGCAUGCCGGAGGAGAUGGAACGCCUCUUCCGCGUGGUCCCCAACCUGGGACUCAUUGCCGAGAACGGGUGUUUCGUGCGCGAGCCCAAUGCCGACAAAUGGACCAAUCUCGCAGACAAGGCGCACAUGGUGGCUUGGAAGGACAGCGUUUCACACAUUCUUUCCUACUUCCAGGAACGGUCCGAGGGCAGCUGGAUCGAAGAGCGGCACUGCUCACUUGUGUUCCAUCACGGAUCCGCCGAGGACCGGACAGUCGCGGCGCGACUUGCCGCCGAGUGUGCGGGCAAUAUCAACGACGCUUGCGCCAGUCAGGGCGUACACGCCAUCCCUGUUGGAGGGGCUCUGGUCGUCGAGAACGUCCACACUAGCAAGGCCUCUGCGGCUGAACUGGUGUGGCGCCGCGCUCUAGAAAAGGAUGGCGGAGAUACCACGAAGCCAGACUUUCUGCUCGUUGUAGGCGAUGGCCGCGAAGAUGAGCCUGUCUUCCGGUGGGCCAAUAAACUCGAGACGGCCAAAGCAGUUGAUUAUGUGAUGACAGUGACUCUGGGGUCGCGAAAUACGGAUGCGAAGGCGACCCUGACGCAGGGAGUGACUGGUGUUCUCUCUUGCCUGCAACAACUGGCCAAUCCGGAGGUGGUUACGGCGACGUUACCGGUGCGGUAA